GCCUGCGCGAGCUGCGUCAGAUGGAGCCCUUUCCGCUUCACGUGCUGGUGAACCCCAGCCUGAGGGUGCUGGACAGCCGCUUGGUCACCUUCCCCGAGGGCUGCGAGAGCGUCGCCGGUUUCCUGGCGUGUGUGCCUCGCUUCCAGGCCGUGCAGAUCUCAGGACUGAACCCAAGAGGAGAGCCAGUGGUGUGGUCAGCAAGUGGGUGGACAGCCCGAAUCAUCCAGCAUGAAAUGGAUCAUUUGCAGGGCUGCUUGUUCAUUGACAAAAUGGACAGUGGGACAUUUACCAAUCUCCACUGGAUGGAGGUAAAUGACUGAAGCUCUGUUGCUUGACUGAGGGUCUGGAAAACUGGCAUGCAGACACUCCAUGUUAAGAUGGGCACAUCUUUUUGUGCUUCAACUUGGAAUUGUUCUGACCAUAAACAGUGGACUGCUGGUAUGUGCCGAAAUGAGAUAAAGGAAGAUGAUGGGACUUGCUUGUCCUGAAUCAGAUUUAGACAGAGCUCUGUUACAGCAUGAAUAGAAAUAAUGACGAGGGAGUGGGUAUUUCCGGGCAGUCUUACAUGGAAAGACGUGGGCAGGUAAACAUUCUCAGUACAGGUGACUCACGAGGCACAUAUAUUCUACCCUCACAGCCAUGCUUGAUAAUAAUACAGUCCAAAUAUCCGAAAGUUGUUUUAACAUACAAGUAAAAUCUGGCUGUGGUGGGCACACCUUUAAUUCCAGCACUCUGGGGGCAGAGGCAGUCUGAUAUCUGAGGCCACCCAGAGGUACGUUACAUAGUGAGACUGUCUUAAAAAGAAAAAAAAAAAGUUAGCUCCAGUCAUGAAGAGAUGUCUUGACAGGCUAAAGAGUACUUGCUUUUCAGACAGUGAUGGUGCACUUCUUUAGUCCCAGCACUUGAGAAGCAAAGGCAGGUGAAUCUCUUGAGUUCGAGGCCAGCCUGGUCUCCAGAAUGAGUUCUAAAGAUGACCAGGGCUACACAGAGAAACCCUGUCUUGAAAAAAAUACAACAACAAAGUACUUGCUUUUGCAAAAGGCUGCAGUUCUGAGCACCCACAUCAGACUAACUCACUAUGCAUGUAUCUCCAGCUCCAGGGAGUUAAGUGCCGCCUCCUGUCCACCACAGGCGUGUCUCACACACACACACACUCUAAAAACCAACCAAAGCUUCACUCAGCCACUUUCAAUCAGAGCAAAGAAGCAGUGAAAGGCCAUCAUAAUCUUGGCUACAGAAUCAUUUUCUGGCCCUUUCAGAUUUUCAAGUUACAUAUAUGCUCCCACUUACAGCUGGGAGCAUAUAAAACUCAUGGGAACAAUAGUACUUAAUGUGGAGGGACCUAGGUUUGAUUCCUAGCAUCAGGAAGUAAAAUACAGAAGAAUACUG